GACCCACUCUAUAAAAACCAGCCUGAUCCUUCACAUGGGACUCCACAUCCCACGCAUAAAACACUUCAGUAGCUAGCCAAGCAGAAAAAAAAAUGAGGUUCUUGGCUCUGAUUCUGUUCAUUUUGGCAUCUGCAUUAAGGGGCUUGGCUGAUAUCAGUCCGCUUAUCAGCCGCGACCUGUUCAAUGAGAUAUUAAAGCAUCGUAACGAUGCUAACUGCCCUGGCAAUGGUUUCUAUACAUACGAUGCUUUCAUUGCCGCUGCCAACUCCUUUGGCGCUUUCGGAACCACAGGCGACGUUGAUACUCGUAAAAGAGAAAUUGCUGCGUUCUUGGCUCAAACUUCCCACGAAACUACAGGUGGGUGGGCAACUGCACCGGAUGGUCCAUACGCAUGGGGAUAUUGCUUCGUUCAGGAACAAGGCAAUCCUGGAGAUUACUGUGUUGCAAGUCAACAAUGGCCUUGUGCACCGGGUAAAAAAUAUUUUGGCCGUGGUCCAAUCCAGAUCUCAUACAACUACAACUAUGGUCCAGCAGGAAAUGCAAUAAACGUUGAUCUGCUGAACGACCCCGAUGCGGUGGCAAGGGACCCGACCAUUUCUUUCAAGACAGCUCUUUGGUUCUGGAUGACACCACAGUCACCAAAACCUUCGUGUCACGAUGUCAUUAGUGGUCAGUGGAAGCCAUCCGCCGAAGACACGGCCGCCGGUCGGGUCCCUGGAUAUGGGGUCAUUACCAACAUCAUCAAUGGUGGCAUCGAAUGCGGCAAAGGACCUAACCCUCAGGUUGAGGAUCGCAUCGGAUUCUAUAGGAGAUAUUGUGACAUAUUGAAAGUGAGCUACGGAAACAACCUCGACUGCUACAAUCAAAGGCCCUUUGCUUAGGCACUUUAAUAAUUAAUUAUGAAAGAAAAGCAAUUAUCAAUCACAUUAUUAUAAUUAUUAAAAUAAAAAAAAAAUCUGCUGCUAGUACAUAUAUAUCAUCAUAUAUGUAUGUGAGAUAUUUACCUUGUUGAUCUGGAAUAAUAUCAAUAUCAAUAAAUAAAAGGAGCUCGUCCUUAAUUUGGUGAUCAAUA